AUGACAUCCCAAACAACCUUCAAACUCAACACUGGUGCCCAUAUCCCAGCCAUUGGCUUGGGAACAUGGCAAGAUCCGGAAGCCCAGGAAAAUGCAGUUCUCACCGCCCUCAAAGAAGGAUAUCGCCAUAUUGACACAGCCAGAUGCUACGGCACCGAGAAACAAGUAGGAAAUGCGAUUCGAAAGAGUGGAAUUCCAAGGGAAGAGAUUUUCGUCACCAGCAAACUUUGGAACAACAAACACCAUCCGAACGAUGUUGCCCAAGCAUUGCAGCUUAGUCUCGAUGACCUCGGCUUGGAGUAUCUCGACCUCUUCCUGAUGCAUUGGCCAUCUGCGUUCAAGCCUGGGGAUGACCCAUUCCCACAAUAUAAAGACGGAAAGAUCAUUCCUGCCGAUAUCGACUAUGUUGCUACCUACAAAGCAAUGGAACCCCUGGUAAAAUCAGGCAAGGCAAAGGCAAUCGGAAUUUCCAACUUCGCCCGCAAAGAGGUGGAGCGUCUUCUGGAAAACUGCUCUAUUGUUCCCGCUGUACAUCAAUACGAGAACCACCCUUGGCUUCAGCAGGAGUCAUUCGCCGAUUUCCAUCGCCAAAAGGGGAUUAUUGUCACCCAGUACUCGCCAUUGGGCAAUGAGAACGAAAUUUACGGUACCAAGGACAAGUACGGUAGACUGGUUGAAGAUACUGUUCUGGUUGAGAUUGGAAAGAAGUACGGCAAGACUUCUGCGCAGGUUGCUCUCGGUAGGUCGUCUUAUAUCAUUAUAGUUGAUAAGAAUCUAACAGAAACAGCUUGGGGCAUCGCACAUGGCCGCGCCGUCAUCCCCAAAUCCAAGACACCACAACGAAUCGCUGAGAACCUUCAGAGUGAUUUCAAGCUUGAAGCUGCGGACCUGAAUAAGAUCAACUCGAUUGACAAGAAACGUCGCUUCAACGACUCGAGCGCAGACUUUGGAUACGAGUUGUUCACGGAUCUGGAUGGAAAACAGAAAUAG